AGGACACUCCCACUGGCCUUUAAGGUCCUCAGUAAGACCAGACAACCUCUUUACUUUAAUCAUCUGGACCGAUGUGUCUGUAAACUGCUGCUUGUGCGAAGGAUAAUUUGAGUCUUUGUGCAUCUUCCCAUCAUGAAAAAACAAGUGACAUUUAGGGAGAAUCGGACGGUCCACAGGCUCCAUCAAGACGAGGCUUUGCAAAGGAGUGUUGGGAUGAAUGAGUCGAAAUUGGCUUUAAAAGAUGCCGGCGCAAACUUCAACAGCGGUUUGAAAAUCAGCAGAACUGAACCUCGACUCCAACACGUGACAAUGAUAGAAAUCCCUAAAGCCAUGACUGCAGCCCCGUUCCUGAAGCACACAGCACUAACACCAGCUCAGAAGGAAUAUCUGUACUCCAUCGCAGCUUCCCACAGCACUGCACACGUGCGCAACGUCAUCACCCAACACUACAUGAACGUGCUGCACAGACGUAUACGAGCAGGUUACAACCCUGAGAGAGACAACAUUGUUGUGACCUCACCUGAGAAUGACAGUGAAAAACAUCAAUCAUCAAAAACACAAGUUUCCUCCAGGGCAAAACACAAGGGGAAGAUAAAUACUAGUGCAAGGCAUCCUGGGAAAUCAAACAGACAAGCCAGUCCUUCCAGAGCAUCAGCAUCAAAACACAAGAAGAUGAAGAAACGUACAACAUCUCCCACACUGAGAGGAAGAAGUCCGAGAAGAGCUGGGAUCAGGCUGUUGGAGGAGGAGGAGGAGGAGGAGGAAGGACUGGACGAUUCCCUGCAUGAAUGCUUCAGUUCACUCUUCAUGGGAGAAUGGGAUGACAACACCUUCACAGACUUAUGA